AUGGCUUUUAGAUUUUCAAGUACUGAAGCAUUCGUAGGCAACAAUGCCGGCGUCGUAAUAAAUUUAAUGGCAUCCAGUCUGGAAAAAUGCGUUAAAGUUGUGGAUACUAGCAGAGUUGAGGUACUGAGCUCAACGAGAGUUAAAAUACUCCAGCAGCCGAAGGAUCAGACGGAGAAUUCAAACGGACGUGAGUUAAAGAUUCCCCCGGUGGUUAACAAAAAUUCGGUUACAGCGAAGGAGCCAAUACUGAAGUACUAUUGCAAGAGUUGCGGAGUUGUUUACUCAGGGCGAGCAAGUGACCCGCAGACGGAAGUGUUCAAGCGAAUGCAUUCGAAGAAACACUUCACCAAGUGCCUGCAAUGUUCAGAGACAUUUGCGUUGGCAAAAGAUUACCUGAAGCAUGUGGACGAGGCCCACGAGCUCAAGUACUACAAGUGCGAGCACUGCUGGUACCGGACGACGAGUGUCCGGCAGUAUGAGAGCCACAAGAGAACUAGACACAGGCAAGUUUUGAUGCAGGUGAAGAAGUUCUCCUGCGGGAGGUGUUUGGAAAAGGACAUGACCCAUUCCCAGUACCAGAUCCACCUGUGCGCGGAAGACGACAUUGCAAGAAAACGAGAGAAAGACAAGGAGGGAGAGAUUCUGCUGUGCGAGUUCUGCGGCUACACGUCGCGGAAGAAAAAGUCGAUGAAGUUGCACAUAAACCAGUACCACGCUGAGCGUAAGUUUGGGUGCAAUAUCUGCGAGAAGAAGUUCAUCAGCGAUCAGGGGCUGGUAAAGCACAUGAACUACCACAAGAAUCCGGUGACCAAAGUCCGCAAACUCUUCUGCGACCACUGCGGCAAAGGUUUCAAGGACAAACCGGCUCUGAGGAUGCACAUCAUGAACACCCACAUGGGCAUGAAGCUGGCCAAAUGUUCAAUUUGCCACAAGUCCUUCGCCAAGAAGACGACGUUGAGGCAGCAUUUGCUCACCCACAGCGGCAAGCGCCCGUACACUUGUGAUAUCUGCGGAAAAACUUUUGUCCAGAAACCCGCGCUCAGUAGCCACCGGAAACAACACCCUGGAAAGCUUCCACCUAUGCCUGUAGUUUAUAUUGAUUCCUACAUACGCGAGCUUGAUCCCUCGAUGGUCACUUCCUCGAUUGUCCCGGUUCCGAAGCUCAGGACAGAGUCUCAGACUUACGACGAUUUUAGAAGUAAUUUGAAGCCUUAA